AUGGAUAGCGGCAUUGUGGGUUGCGGGCGCUGGGACCGGCGAGCGCGGCCGGUGCCGGACGCCGUGUGGCUGGAGCAGCAUCGCCGAGCCCUGCCUUUCCUGCUCAAGCGAGAGAACGAGCGCGGCGCAGUCGCACCGAGGCUUAUAAAGCUCGGCGAGGGUGUGGAGAUUCGCGAGGAGCUGCUGCGCGGCGUGAAGUGGGGAGAUUACAGGAAAGUGACGCGAGGGCUGGCUGCGGCUCUGUUCUCACCCAUGGAGCUAGCGACGUGUUCGGUGACGGGGCAGCGGUGGUCGCGUGCGGGCCAGGAGGCGCGCCCCACCAAGCCACCGCUGGACCGCCGCCGCGUGCACGCCCUCAUCUCCUACGUCAGCCGGCACUUCCCCGACGUCGAAGUCAGCCGCAUCAAGCAGGUCCUUGCCUACAAAUGCAAGGAGAACUGCGCCGCGCUCCGAAUGAGGACCGCCAGUGAGUCGACCAACUACAUGCUGAGUGCGGCCGCGCGCCCGCCCUGCGCCGGCGAGGACGCGCCCGCGCCUUCCUCCGCGCCUCCGCCCGCCACACCCGGCAUCGCGAGACCAUCAUAUUCUAACUUUACUAGCGAGGCGUCUAAAAGCGGCACCGCUGCCGGCGGAGGCGGAGGUGGAGGUGGGGGCGGAGGCGAGUACGGGGGCGGGGCGGAGGAGAGCGAUGCGCCGCAGUGA